UGAAAAGGAUCCUAGAGGGCAGGGCCUAAAGUUUGAGUGCCCUCUCUCCCCAUGUGUACACCUCCUCUACCUCCUGUGCUGAGAUGAUGAGUGCCUCUUGCUGAAGACUGACGGACUGUGAAGAACCUGCCAGCAGAACUGUACAAUAUCAGGAUCCAAGGUGCUUUGUUCUUCUCAUACUCUUCAUUCCUCUCUCAUUUCUCUCAUCGAGAAAGAGGUUCUUGAGGUUCCGAAGGCCGUUGAACCCCGAGAGGGACACGGUAGUCAGAGGUAACCAUGACAAACCCUUGCAAUGUGGCUCUGGAAAUUCUGGGGAUGCUGAUCGGGAUGGGGGGCUGGUUUUGUUCCCUGGCGGCCACCAUUAUGCCUCAGUGGCUGUCACUUUCUACUGAACUAUUUACCUUGGAGAGCCACGAACAAGGGCUUUGGGAGUCGUGCGUGUUCCACGAGGUGAUUGGCACGGAGUGCCGGCCCUAUGACACUCUCCUAGGCCUCGAUCACAUGUGGAUGCUGGCCCGUGUUCUAAUAUGCCUGUCGGAUGCCACAUGUCUUCUCGGACUUCUCCUCGCCAUCCCUGCCAUGAGUCAGAUCAAUUGCUGCAAGAGCGAGGAGGGACGACGGACCAAGCGAGGUUUGAAGAUCUCGGCUGCUGUGUUUUUAUGCAUCGCUGGAAUGUUGGUGUUCACUCCCGUUUCCUACGUCGCUCAUCAUGUUGUCAGGAAGUUCUUCGAUGAGAGCACACCUCACGUGUUGCCCCGUUCAGAGUUUGGGGACGCGCUGUUCAUCGGCUGGUCCGCAGCACUUCUCGACAUUGUGGCAGGGAUCCUGUUAUUUACGUCUUGCACUGACUCAAGAUACAGUGAAGCAAAUCUGGUGUAUCACCAUCAAAGGCAGGAGAUCAGAACUGUCGAUGGUUCGAGAAAACGGACAGAGUAUGUUUGAGAUGAUCCUCAGUGUCCUGAAAUGACUGUUAAUGUUGAUGGGGCAGGGGAAAAAACGUUUAUACAGGAAAAAACUUUUUGAAUUGAUCUUUAAAUAAUCAUUUUUCCCCUCUGGAAAAUGUUUAAGUUUAAUGUAUAGAUCAAUCAAACCAAUGAAACAGGUAAAUAUUAUGUUGCAUUAAUCCUCCAGUAUCUGAGUAUACUGUUUAAUUAUGUCUUAUCAAUGAAGUAUUAAUAUUAAAAGGUUGCCAAUA